GCCAUUGUACUUGCGCUCACAUUUCCCUGUUUUCUGAAACUAACAAUCAGGCUGUUUGGCCGUAGGAUAAUUAUACCAUAGCCUAGAGCUGAUACAUGGGCUAAUCUGGUAGGCAAUUUAUUCUGGGUUUCCUACCGUAAUAUAACAGCAACUGAUGUGUCAAACAAACGCGAUAAACAAAACAAAAAGCAUUUCAGCCUCAUGUAGCCUAGUCAGCUCUUAAAGGAACUAAAUAACACUGUUGAGUGUUACUUUAAAGGACUACGCAAAAAGUGGUUUCCCUUGAUAGCGCCGUGCUGAAACCGGCAUGUACAGUGACUGCUGCAUGGCAUUUCAACGCACCAAUCAGUUACAGAGCUGAUUGAGUCCACUUCCUACACUGGAAUAGCUGAGAGGAAACGGACGGACGGCGAUCUUCUUCGUUUAUCUGAUCAUCGGCCGAGUCUGCACGGUCAGAUCGUCUGUGUGAGACCUCCGGGAUACAGCGGGACAAGGAUUUCUCUUUCGACCCGGUCACAGUGUCUACUGCAAGGAGAUGGCCGGUAUUUUGGCGUGGUUUUGGAACGAGAGGUUCUGGCUUCCCCAUAAUGUAACCUGGGCUGACUUAAAAAACACAGACGAGGCAACGUUUCCGCAAGCCGAGGAUCUCUAUCUGGCUUGUCCUUUAGCAUUCUGCAUCUUUAUGAUACGACUGGUUUUUGAAAGGUUUGUUGCAAGACCAUGUGCGAUGGGCCUGAAGAUCCAAGCGAAUGGACCACAAAAAGCACAACCUAACGCUAUCCUCGAGAAGGUUUUCACUGCGAUAACCAAGCACCCAGACGAGAAGAGGCUGGAGGGCCUGUCCAAGCAGCUCGACUGGGAUGUGCGGACCAUCCAGCGCUGGUUCAGACAAAGACGCAACCAGGAGAAACCCAGCACUCUUGCUCGAUUCUGUGAAAGCAUGUGGAGAUUCACAUUCUAUCUAUACAUAUUUACCUAUGGAGUGCGUUUCCUUAAAAAGACUCCAUGGUUAUGGAACACUAAGGAGUGCUGGUACAACUACCCUUACCAGCCAUUGACUGUGGAUAUCCAUUAUUAUUAUGUUCUGGAGCUGUCUUUCUACCUGUCCUUACUCUUUUCCCAAUUCAUAGACAUCAGGAGGAAGGAUUUUCUGAUCAUGUUCCUGCACCACGUGGCAACAAUCUCCCUCAUCACCUUUUCCUAUGUGAACAACAUGGCACGAGUGGGAACUCUAGUUAUGUGUCUCCAUGAUGCAGCUGAUGUGCUGAUAGAGGCUGCCAAGAUGGCAAACUAUGCCAAAUGCCACAUACUGUGCAACCUCCUGUUUGCAGUGUUUGCAAUUCUCUUCAUAAGUUCCAGGCUGGGAGUGUACCCUGUCUGGAUUUUAAAUACCACCUUGUUUGAGAGUUGGGAGAUUGUGGGGCCCUACCCAUCUUGGUGGGUCUUCAACCUGCUUCUGAUACUGCUGCAGAUCCUUCACUCCUUCUGGUCCUACCUCAUAGUAAAGACAGCGUGUCGAGCCAUCUCUAAAGGAAAGGUGGGAAAAUGGAAUCCCUUACAUGUGUCUAAAGAUGACCGCAGUGACAUCGAAUCCAGCUCUGAUGAGGACGACAGCCCCCCUCCAAAUCAGAAGCACCACAGCAGCGCCACCAACGGGACCAAUAAAACUCACGGGACCAAUGGCUACCUGACAGGAGCCCUGUAUCCCGAUGAACACUGACUAAGCUGAUAUCACUGGAGCCAUGCUAUGGGCGCCAUCCAUCAGUCUGUGUGUGUGAGUGUGUGGUGGAGACAUGAACAACAUCGCCUGUCUGAUGCUGGAAGUUCUUAAAAACUUUCAUGUGAAUGCAGUUUUGUCAUCAGUUUGAUUCUUUACUAAUUUCCUUGGGCAAUUUAUUCUCUUCAUCUAUACAGUAUAUUUGCAUCAAACUGCACUCAGUGAGCUGCCAAAGCACUCCUACUGGUACAACCCAGUCUUUGGUCAGUCAGUGAAUGACAGCAUUCCACUUUCUUGUGUAAGCAUGCUAUUUUAACAUACAGCAGUCUGGCAUAUUGGGGGGAGGUCCUUAUACGUGUGUCUUUCUAUGUUAUUUAUUUUAUAUAAGUUUGCAGAUGGUAGUCAGACAUAUGUUCUACUCGGAUGUCAGCGUUAAAGAUCAAAUUUUCUUGAACAGCACAGCUGUUUUUUCAUACCACACAUCAUGAUAACAAGUAUUAGCUAAAUGCUAAUGACCCGGGUUUACUUUUAAUGCUACACCCCCAAAGAUCUGCCAAAAUGAUGAUUGAGUCUGUCUUCACUCACAAAUGGAUUUUGAAGUCUGAAGUUUACUCCCAUUUUAAAAAUACAAACUUUCUGCAAUCAAACUGCAUAUGAGAUGUCAGCAACAGUAUUAUGUGUGACCAUCAGGUAUGACUAGAUGCUGUAUUCCCCAUCGAAGCAUUCUGUUAAGUAUUCUGGUACAUUUCUGGUAAGCAUUUAAUUAAAGGCCAUUGCUUUCUUACAAGGCAGACAUGAGUUGUUUAAAUUAUUCAUUAAAAAAACAUGAAG